UUUACCAUCCUGGCUCUGGUGUGUGUGGUGGUGUGUGCAGGGCUGCACUCAGAUGGGCGUGUCAGGGGCGGGGCCUCCAUGGUAUAUCUGAGGCGUUUCAUUGGCUGCGCCGUGAGGGAGUUCAGCUUCCUGGCCAAGAAGCCGGGAUGUAGUGGCCUGCACAUCACCACUGACGCCUGCUGGGGGCGCUGUGAGACCUGGGAGGUCAUCAGUGGCAUCUUUGUGCUGCAGAUUGUUGGAGAUUACUACUUACUACCUCGGGCACACAAGCCCAGUACGAGGUCAGUGGUGGACGUGGAUGGAUGGCUCGUGAGACAGCAGCCUUAUAGUGGGCAGAGGGAGACGUGCCGCACGUCAGUGAGCAGGCCACGGGCGUCCUCAUCAAGCAGUAAGAGCAUCAUUUCCAUGUUCCACGUCUUCACCUCGUGUCUGUGGGCCGCUCUGUACCUGCCUGUGGACCCAUUCCUGUCACCGCAGGGGAUGAUGCAGUCCCAUCAGACAGCGCUUCACAAAGCGGCGAUGGUGGGGAACCGUGAUGGUGUCGCAGCUCUUAUCAAAGGUGGCUGCGCUCUGGACCUGCAGGACAAAGACGGAAACACUGCGUUGCAUGAGGUGUCCUGGCACGGCUUCAGUCAGUGUGUCAAACUCCUGGUGAAGGCCGGCGCUGACGUCCACGUUAGGAAUAAGGCAGGAAACACAGCAUUGCAUCUGGCCAGUCAGAAUGGCCACUGCCAGAGUGCGCGUCUCCUACUGCUCGGAGGAUCCCAGCCCGACAGCAAGAACCAUGUAGGAGACACGUGUUUGCACAUCGCCUCUCGCUACAAUCAGUUUGCCAUGAUCAAAAUUCUGCUGGGUGGUCUUUGCUCUGUGGCGGAGAAGAAUGAGGUUGGAGAUACUGCCCUGCACGUUGCUGCUGCACUGAACCACAAGAAGACAGUUAAUCUACUGCUAGAGUCUGGAGCUGACAGCGGCAUUAAAAACAAUGCGGGCCAGACUGCUGUUGAUAAAGCCCGGGACCAGAACCACAGAGAGGUGGCCGUGCUCCUGUCCAAAGCAGACCAGGGUCAUCGCUUUGCUCGGGCGAGGACGGUGAGGAAGAGGAGAGACCAGCUGAAGACGGCCCGGAGAGCUCAGUCCGUCCCCAGGGAUGAGGUCCCUGCAGGCAAGGAGAACACGUCCGUGGCUGAGGCUGAGGACUCACACAGCAGCGACCAGGCUCUCAACAAACGCAUCGAGAUGGUCAGCAAAGCUAUGUCCAGCCCUCGAAACAGGAGGAAGUUACGCAGGCUCAAAGACAGGGCUGACCCUCACACGAGGAGGGAGGGCCACAGCAGAAGAGCGCGCAGCGCCAGCCCCCUGGACGAGGACGACAUCACCUUCCCCGACGGCAAAGCCUACCAACUGUACACGCUGUACCGCGACAAGGACGGCAAAAUCAAACAGGCCCCAGCCACAGACUGCCACUGCAAGCCUCUCAUCAAGAAGCUGGAGAACCAGCUGAAGGCCACCAAAAUGGAGAUCCGGUCCCAGAUGUACAGCAUCCACGAGGAGAUGAACAGCAAGCUGGGCCGCAUGGACCGACAGAGCAAACACCAGAUCAAAGUGCUCCAGAAGAUAGCACAAGAACGUGUGUCUGUGGAGGGGAUGGAAUGUCUGUACCGCAUCAACCAACGGUCCACCAUAGAGAGACUGAACGAAGAGCGCAGACAGGCCAGGAAGGCCAGUGAGCUGAAGAACUGGUGCAUGUCCAAGAUCCAGGACAUGGAUGUGUGCCUGCCCGGCGACCCGCAGUACUUCAAGCUCCUCCCCUCUCCCUCCGUGGACCAAUCGCUGCUUGAGAUGGACCCCGAGUGCUUGCCGCUUCUCUCGGUGGUGUCAGAGGAGAGCACCAGCUCCUUGGCUACCUACGUCAACGUGCUGCCCAACCCAGGGUUGGGACCCUACGCCGCCGGCCAAGGACCUGACUUCGACGAAGUGUUUGGCAGGAAGUACUUCGAGGUGAAAGUGGACAGCUCCUCAGAGGACCAGCAGCACCCGCCUGAGCUGGACUACGCUGUCCCCUCUCUGCACCUGCCCAUGGUCCGGCACAAGCUCUUCUCUCGGCCGCGGCCCAUCUCUGGCGACCCUCAGUGGCUGCCGGCGGACCUGCAGGACACCGACUCCUCCGAGCCCCGAGCUGACCGGCGCGGUGGGGGGGACGAGUUGUACCUGAGCACCCCCAGCGACAGCCUGUCACCCUGCAGCUGCCAGCCAGGAGGCGAGAGUGACCCGGACGACGGUCUCCCGCCGGGUUGGCAGCGUCGGCUCCCUCGGCCGCGUCCCGUGUGCGGCGGCAUCGCUAGCGGCGCCGCGCCCCUCCGACACCCGUGCGCUGGCGUCGGGAGUGGCGUCGGUGUCGUGGGCAGCAGAGGAGGCGGAGGCGUGCACUCGUUGGAGCUGUACGGCCGCGGCGAGCGUCCCGCGGAGAUGGCGUUCGUCCAGCAGCGAGACAGCCUGCACGCGGUGGAGGUGACCCAGCGCUUCUUCGAGACGGUGUCCACGCAGCUGGAGCGCUGGUACGAGAGGAAGAUCCAGGAGGCCCAGCGGCUGGCCGAGCAGCGGGCUACAGUGGACCGCAACGCCCUCAUGGAGCGCAUCAACAGCCUGGAGGAGGAGCUGCAGGGCCUCAGGGCA